CAGCACCUCUCUCAGGCCUUUUGCCUGCCUCUUCUCUUGCUUGUUCCCGUGCACACGGUAGCAUUCCAUGUCUCAUUCCAUGUCUCCACAGGCGGCUAACCCAUGCCGUAGCACUUGGAUUUGCCGCCGGGUGACUCAGGCUGCAUCUGGCACAAACAACAGGUCGGCACACGCGACGAUGCCGCGAUACGUCGGCCAACUGCUCGACCCCUGGACCCAUGCGGUCAUUUCCUAGCAGGAUCUGCAUCCCAUGCUGAUGAAUGGCUGCUGCAGGAGCCUGCCAGCCAGCCUGCCUGCCAGCCUGCCAUGCCAGCCACAAUCGCAGUCUAGACCAGCUGGGGGUAGCCACUUCGGACUGGACUGGACGGGAGCCGACACGACCAACUGGCGGCGAUGCUCGUGGCAUAGCACCGCCCACGGCCAUGGCUGUGGCCGUCAGAGGGCACGGCCGGACUGCCUCGUUGCGGAGAUUGGCAAAAUGGGUCCCGUCAGUCUCUCCUUCUCCUCGUGGGCCCGCGCAGCUAGGGCAGCUCAGCCGCAGCCCGACCUGUUGGUGCUAGCAGAAGGCACGCCAUCUAGCGCCUACCCAAAGCAUGCUUAAUUACUGUUGAUGACGCCCGUUGGCCUCCUGCCCGCAGCGGCACCUGGGCGUCUAAAUCCCUUUUGUUCCGCAGAGAAAACAGUCAAGAGUCCCUCCAGGCCCGUUCAGUUUUGCUCCUGACCUUUUCGGUCGACGACACCACUCAAUUGACCAGGCACUGUUCCGCUGUCACUGUCGAUAUUCGGCAACAUCGUGCAAUCUGCUUCUGCUGUCUUGCAGGCCCCGCCAAAUAAGCUCAACCGGCCCCCACUCCCCGCCCACUCGCCGCGCCAUAGAUACCUUACCCACGAUGCAGCUCAGGUCGCAACUAAGACUGCCCCUUCUGUUGCCGCUGUUUCUUACGACCUUGUCGUCGGCAGCAGUCCACAGGAGAGCAGUCAAGAACGAUUUCUCGGAUUAUCCCUCGGGCACGCAGCAAUGCUUGGACGAUGCCUCGGACGACUCGCGCUGCAGCGGCAAUACCGUGCCACAGAUGAACCAGUGUCUCUGCAGCAACGGUGGGGACUUUGUCACCAAUGCUGCAAAAUGCAUAGCCAGAGAAGACCCGGACGACAUGGAGAGCACCUGGGAAGCCCUGAGCCUCCACUGUUCCGACUCCAACACGCCAUUGUCCAUCUCCAAAAAGGGAUGGAUGGCAGAACUGUCAAGCCUCUCCACAACCACAUCAGCCAAGACCACCACCAGUAACACGGCUACGAAAAGCACCAUGACUACCACCAGCGCUGGCCACACGACCACUGCGACAGUAACAACCACCCCAGCGGCUACUUCCUCCCCGCCCCCGGAAGACACUGACGCCGGAUUGUCAGGCGGUGCAAGGAUCGCCGUCAUCGCUGGGUCGGUUGCUGGGGGGGUUGCGGUCCUCGUCGCCGCCGCAUUCAUCUUGUUUCGAUAUAGGAAACGCAGGAAUGGUGCCGCUUACCAGGAGGUACAUGUCAUGGGUGCGCAGUCUCCCUAUAGUCGGAUGAGCAAGGCCCCUGCGCCCUACGGAAGCCCCGAUCUAGGCGGACACGCGAGCUACCAGUCGACGACGGUAUCAGAUCUAGGAACUGCGUCGGACCCUCGCGGAAGCUGGCACCCCUCUCCAGACGGCCAAGCAAUACCGUGGUCGCCAAGCGCGUUCGAGGCCGUCAAACAGAAUCCGGGAUUUGGAAAUUUGCAUCAGCCGCCACCGGUUAUCCAUGAGAUGUCGACGGACGGCGAGCGGCCUAUUUCCAUGUCGCCGUCUGCAGCAGUCGAGAUGCCUGCGAUACAGGUCAUCUCCCCUACGGUAUCACCAACAUCCAGAUACUCCGGGGCAGACUGGGACUCUCAGCUGCCCCAUGUGGCGCAGGAGCCAACUCAAAUGCCACAGGAGCCGAGACGCUACGAGCCAUACCGCCCAGCACGGUGACCCACAGAAUUAUGAUCGAGCUUAACCUAUGGCUAGUCGGACUACUUCACAUCACUUUUCACAAUUUGACAUAUUGUUUUCUGGGAGCGUCGGCGUUUGGGAUCGGAUAUUAUUUCCGGGAAAGGAACUUGAAAAGGAUGGGAAUCAUUUUGUGAGAGAUCACAAAGUGCACUUCUUGUACUGCAGCGUACUACCGCCCACUGACUGUGGGCAUCUGAUAACUAAUGCGCAGCCCGGCUGGGUGCUGUACCCGGUGGUCAGCCUUGGGUGCAGUAGUGUCUGACUUUGAGCACGAAGAAGAGACAAAGAAUUAUGAGCAGCAUUAGUCCACGUUGUGCAACCCUCAAUGAAUCCGCGGAGCAUUGCACGAAUAGUGCCUUGCGGCUGGCUUUCCGACCGGUCACUUAUCUGGCUGCGGACGAGCACGUCCUCGGUCAACCACCUGGGCAGUCUCCGCCUCCGUAGCCAGACAGCCUCAAUACGAUGUACCACGGCAGUAGUCCCAGGAUACAGGCCAUUGAUCGGGCGGAGACCACGGCCGG